AAGAAAACGCAAAAUAAACCAUAUUUUUUAUAUAUUUUGUAUUCCGGAGCAGUGAACAGAUAUCUUCCUCGCCAGGAUGCCGACCAUGAUGCCGUGCGUGACAGGAACGGGGCGGCCGCUGCACGCGGACUGCUACGACCGGCGGGGCCGCAAGAUUGGGCUAGAGCUGGAGAAGCCCAUCCGGCUGCCCAAGCCGGAGCCAAGCGAGUUCGCCUUCAAGCGGCAGCCGCGCGUCUCCAUCUGCGAGAAGCAGCUGGCCGAGGGACUGCUGCAGCAGCGCGAGGGCUUUCUGAUGGCCGGCAAGAGGUCGAGCAAGCACCGACUGCAGCCGGGCCUGCCGCCGGGCACGCUGCCGCCGGGCACAGUGGCGCCGAAGCCGGUGCGGCUCUUUCCGCAGCCGAAGCCGACGAAACGCAAGGGACUCGGCGGCGAGGCCACCUACUUCCAUGUGCAAGGCCGGCCAUGGGAGUCGAUCGGGUAUGCGACUCUGGAGAAGGAGCAUGUCGAUCGCUUGAAAUCAUCGCGCCCGCCCACCGCCGAGGAGAUCCAGGCCGAGGUGGAGCAGCUCAGGGAGGAGGAGCGCCAAAACAAGGAGGAGGAGAAUCGCAUGCGCAGCUACUACCAUGAGAUCGACGAGGCGCGACGCGAACGGGAGCUCGAGGUCCAGCGACAGAUCGAUGCUGAGGCCGAGGACGACGAUGCAGAGAAGGCAGCGGAGGCGAAGCGUCUGAUGGUGUUGCACAAGUCACUGCAGGCACGCCAUGAAAACGAUGUGCGCGUCCAGUCGGCGAUUCGCUCGAUUGGCGCUGCCAAAUGCAGCGCCAUGUGGACGGCACAGAUCGAGGAGCGCGCGAUGAUGGAGCGCCUGCAGGCCGAGCAUGACGUGGAGCAGGCGCGCAAGGACACGGCGUUCAACGAAUCCAAAUGGGGCUCGGCGGCGGAACAGGAUCUGGCGGCGCACAACAAGCGCCUUGCAUUCGGCAAUGCUGUGCGCCAGCAGAUCAACGACCAUCGCCAGCUGCGCCAUAUGGCCGAGGAGCGCCGGCGCGAGGAGUCGCGCCAGAUGCGCGAUGCCUACGAGGAGUACAAACGCUUCCAGGCGGACCACGCGGUGGCCACCGGCCAGCGGAAGAAGAACUAUCGCAACGAGCUCUUCCACUACAUCAAGCUGCACCAGGACUUUGGGCGCAUCCUGUGCGAGCAGGAGCAGCGCGACGAGCUGCGCGCCAACAAAUACGUCAUCGAGAAGGAGGCGAAGCGCCUGGAGCAGCGCCAGCAGAAGGCGGCCAUCGAUCUGGCCAAGGAGCGCAAGCGCGAGGCCCUCUACGUGAUGCAGCAAAAGAUUCUCGAUGCCAACGACAAUCGCGAGGAGAUGCGCCUCCUGGCCGAGCACGAGCGGCUCGAGCGCAAGUACCGCCUGGAGGAGCGCCAGGCGGUGGAGAAGCGCCGCCGGCAGGCGGAAGAGCUGCGCCAGGGCAAUCUGGAGGCGAUGGCCAACAUCAAUAAGCUGCGCGCCUGCUACUAUGCGCAGCGCCAGCGCGAAAUGGACGAGAUGAAGGUGGACCGGGCCAAGUACGAGGAGCAGCAGAAGAUCGAGCUGGAGAAGAAGCUCGGCCGCAAGCUCGAUCUGCACGAGGGCGUCACCGCCCAAAUGGAGGAGCACGAGCGCGCCCGUCGUCGCGAGAUCGAGAACGAGCGCCUCGAGAGCGAGAAGGCGCGCGCCAUGGAGAAGCAGCGCCAGAAGGAGAUCGACAUGGUCAUCAGCGUCAAGCUGAACGAGCUGGCCAAGAAGAAGUGCAUGCCGCAGGCGGCGCUCCAGUCGCUGACCGGUCGUGUCACGCACGCGCGCGAGCCCAAGCUAUCCGCUCACUUCCUGCCAUAGAGAGGCGGCGUGCCGUGGUGGGUGGGCGUGGCAAAUGUUUGGACGUAUUCUGGUUCUGCUUGCGUUUUUUCUUGUUUUGUGUUCGAUGUGAUUGUGAUUGGAGUGACAGCUCUUAAAGGGGCCACACACACACACAUACAGCUACCUACUCACACACACACACACACACACACAGCAGGCUGGCAUUAAAACUUGAAGCAUACUUUGUGGCGACAUUUCCUUCUUUUCUUUUCUCUUCUGUUCAUUCUUUUCCUGCUGCGGGGGCGCUUGUUAGCUGUCAACUGCAGACUUGUUAACUCAACAAGUUUUACAAAACACACACACACACACAUACACACACUCGCACACACUC